UAGGCCCCGAAGAGCAUGGGGGCAAAAAAAAAAAAAAGAUCGCUAUUCAGUGGUUCUGUUUGACCUAUGUGGUUUCCCGUACUGUUGAAGCGGUGUUGACUGAUGUGUCAAAAUGGCAGAGCUUACAACACUAGAGAGCCUGCUGGAGAUGGGCUUUGACAGAAACAGAGCGGAAAAGGCAGUGGCCCACACAGGGAACCAGGGAAUAGAACAAGCCAUGGACUGGUUAAUGGAACAUGAGAACGACCCAGACAUUGAUGAGCCCUAUGUGCCGCCUGUGGGGAACGUCCUGGGAGGAGACGCAGACAGCCAGUCCACCACAGAACAGCCGUCACUAGCAGACACCGCUGAAGGGAGAGCAGGUGAAGACGGCAGCUAUGAUGAUAACGAAGAGAGUGCAAAGAUGCCAAUGUCAGAGGAGGAGAAACUUGAACAAGUUAAAAGGCUAGAGGAGCUGAUGCGGGUGAAGCAGGCAGAGAGACGAGAGCGAGAGCGGGCAGAAGAGUUGGAGCGGGAGAAGCAGCGAAGGAGACAGGGCCAAGAGCUGCAGCAGAUUCGUCAAAAGCUGCAGGAUGACGAUAUGAAAAAACUCGCUGAUCAGCGCAGAAAAGAGAAGAUGGAGGACAAAAUGGCCAGGCAACGGGUUAAAGAUAAGAUUGCACGAGACAGAGAGGAGAGAGCACAAAAGUUUGGAGGUGGUGCACCCCCGAGCACGGCGGCAAUGUCCCAACCUGCCCCGCCCAGUCCCUCGUCACCCACCAGUCAUGGCCCUCCACCCACUAAGAAGGAGUAUGAUGAGUCCAGGAUACAGGUACGUCUGCUGGACGGCUCGACCAUCACGGCGGUCUUCAAGGCCCAGGAGCCGCUGGCGGCAGUGCGCGUGUACGUGCAGGUGAAUGGCAACACACCUGAGGGUCAGGACUUCACGCUGCUCUCGCCCUACCCCCGUCACGUCUACACCGAACUGGACAUGGAGAAGCCCCUCAAAGAACUGGGUUUGGUGCCUUCAGCUGUGCUGGUUGUUAUCAAAAAGUGAGAUCAGGACGGAGGAUCUGCUCUGUGAGCCUACCUCACCACUUCCACUACAUCAACACAAGAGGCACCAGAAACAGAUUGAACUGGGAACAGAGCCAUCACCUUUUUAGUAUCUCUCAGUAAGCCAGCUAACUGAACUAAAGCAGAGAGAUGUAGCGCGAGGCUGUGAUCAGAUUGUGUGAAGCUACUUUUAAGAAGUUUAAGAAGGGAAAGUGAGCUAACUCACUGAUUGAUUGCACUUGAUAGACUGAUUUGUGUGCAGUGAGAUGGACAGUGGCUUUUACUUAUUCAGGAAGAAAGUGAAGAUAGCUGGCUUCUGAUGAAUACUGCUUCAUGGUCUCAACAACACAUUAAUAAAAAUUCAAUUUUAACCAGAUCUUAACAAAGCAAAGUACCACACAAGACCUACUCGAUUGGUUUCGAAAGGGCCUUAAAUUGAAUCCCCACGAUCUUCCUGAUUUUGUGACAUUCUACUUUGCCAGUUUUUUUUUUAUAAGUUUAAAUAUAUUGACAAUUAUGUCUGCAUAAUCACCAAGAAUCUAGUUAAAAUAAAGCUGACUCAGAGAACUAUGGUGGUGGACUGGAUUUUCUAACAAUUGUAUGUGUAACCUUUCUUAAAAUAAGUAUGUUUGUCAAAAAAUACCAUGGAAAAACCCAAACCAACAUAUUGAUUCUGUUUGUGUAGCCAAAGCCUGAUGUGUCAUAUUCAGUGAGCCAUACUGUCGCCCUGGGUGACAGGAUGUUUCUUUAUUACCAUGAGCAUGAUGCUGUAAAUACUCACUAGAGCACCAAAGCUGUGGCCUAAAAUAGUCCCCAAAUGCACUAUUAACUCCUAUUUGAGUAAUGUUUGCUAAAAAAUACAAAUUCCAGCUGUCCAGCAAAUUAUUGAGCCUUUUUACACAAAUUAAACUGUAUAUUUGUGACCCAUUGUUACAGAUUUAAGUCUUUGGUAGGAAAAAAAUGGGUUUAGGGUUAAGUGCCACAGUAGGGAAGUUAGAAACUACUGAGACAGAUUAACACUUGUAGCCUUUCCAUGUGAUUUCUUGACAGCAAGAAAACUAGAAUAUCAGCAUUCUUAUCCUUUAACAGAUUUAAUCACUACAUACGACUACAGAUAAUUGAACAAGUGCACAUUUAACAAGGUUGUAAUGUUUUGCAACGUAUUAAACUGAAUUCUCAUCAUAA